AUGACAUCUCAAACACUCGAUCCGUCUCAUCUUACAAGAUGGUACAUCGACAUGAGCAAAUGGACACAAUCCACCACCUCGCUUCCUCUUAUCGACAGCCUACAACCAGCCGAGCAGAAGAAGAUCAAGGCCUUCUAUCAUGUUGCAGACCAGCAUAUGUCUCUAGCCUCCAGCCUGCUGAAGUAUCUAUACAUCCAUCGCACCGCCAGAGUGCCCUGGAACCAGGUCAUCAUCAGUCGCACGCCCAAACCCCACUGCAGGCCGUGCUAUAUCCCGCUUAAGGACAACGAUGAGUCGCUGCGUCUCGAAUUCAACGUCAGCCACCAGGCUUCCAUCGUAGCGCUGGCGGGAUGCAUGUAUCGUGCUGACGUCGAGACUGAAGCAAAUGACAAGCAAAAGCUUGACCCGUCUUCGCGCGGUGAUAAGGGGCCGCCUCAGGUCGGGGUUGAUAUUACUUGUACCGAUGAGCGGGAGAGACGGAAUCCGGCGUUGAUGCCCAGUACAGACAGAGAAUUCUGUGAAUUCGUGGAUAUAUUCACAGAGGCGUUUUCGGCUCGAGAGCUGCAGAUUAUCAAGUCUGGCGCUGGUGCUGGUGAUAGAUCUAUACGGUACCGCACCCGUUUAUUCUACACCUACUGGGCCCUGAAAGAGGCUUAUAUAAAGAUGGUUGGAGAAGGGCUGUUGGCAAGCUGGUUGCAAAAACUGGAAUUCACCAAUGUCGUCCCUCCCGAGCCUGAAGAUGGGCCGGUCUGGGGCAAGCCUUUGCAGGGGAUUGAGGUCCGGUUGAAAGGGGAGCUGGUUGAUAAUGGUUCGGCAAUGCUGCUGCCUUUGAAUACAUGGGAUGAAUUUAAGUCUAUUGAUAUCGAGAAGGACGUUGGGGCCCUUGUGCUCGGGGAGAGUCUACCCAUACUCCUGAUGCAAAUGCUUGAGGUAACGGCUUGA